CUGGGAAGGACAAACAAGGGAGAGGUCAGUGCCUGUGGACUCCCUGCCACCGCAGUCACCCUCCCCAGACACUCUGGGCAGCUGGCGUGAGAGGUGACAACUAUGCCUGCGAGGGUGGCCUUCCUGCUGCUCUGGGGUCUCAUCUGGGGUCCAGAGACCAGAGCAGCCACGUUUUUUGAUCCCCGACCUAGACUGCUGGCAGACUCCACGACAUUGACGUGCCAGGCCCAAGUGCCGUCCCAGGAAUUCGAGCUGUUCAAGGAUGGAGUGGUCUGGGAUCAGGUGCGUCUCGAUAGACCUGCCAUGGAGCACAGGUUCCAGCUGGCGGGAGAGACAGGCGACACCCAUGGUCUCUACCGCUGUCGCUCACGCUUCGGCAGUGAAUGGACGCAGCUGAGCAACCUCUUGGAGGUGACAGAGGAUGGGUCCUUGCCUCCGCCUCUGCUCUCAGCGGAGCCCAUGUCCUGGAUCACUCCAGGCCUGAACAUCACGCUGCUGUGCCAGGGGGCGCGGCAAGGCGUGACCUUCUCGCUGAAGCGGGAAGGCGACAGCAAGUUUCUGGCGGUGGCGGAGGCUGGGCCGCACGGGCAGGCCACCUUCCCUGUCCACCAGGCAGGCAACUAUAGCUGCAGCUACAGGACACACGCAGCAGGUGACCCCUCAGAGCCCAGCGCCACUGUGACCAUCGAGGAGCUGGCUGCGCCACCGCCCCCCAGGCUGGAGGUCCGCGACAGGUUACCCAGGAUCCUGCAGCCUGGUACCUCCUUGACCCUGGAAUGCGUGGCGCCCCUGGCUGGCGUGGAAUUCCUUCUGUGGAAGGACAAGAAGGAUCUGCUCGUGACCAUGAGCAGCACCAGUCCAGACCGCGUCUUCUUUCACCUGAACGAGGUGGCGCUGGGGGACAGCGGUCCCUACACCUGCCGCUACCGGAUGCGUCAAGAGCACAGCGCCUGGUCCGGGGAGAGCGCGCCGCUGGAGCUGGUGCUGAGUGACGGGACACUGCCCGCGCCAGAGCUCUCGGCCGAGCCCCCGAGUCUGCGCCCCGCGCCCGGCUCGCAUGUGAGGCUGCGGUGCCGGGGGCCCCGGGCCGGGCUGCGCUUCGCCCUGGUGACGGAGGAGGACGACGACAGGCUCGCGGUGCGCGCUCUGCUGAGCCCGCCGGGCGCCGAGGCCAGCUUCGAGCUGCGCGCAGUCUCCGUGGUGGACUCGGCCAACUACAGCUGCGUCUACGUGGACCCGGCGCCGCCCUUCGCGGGCUCUGUAGCCAGCGAGCCCCUGGAGCUGCGCGUGGACGGACCCCUGCCCAGGCCGCAGCUCCGGCCCCUGUGGAGUGGGGCGGUGACCCCGGGCCGCGACGCCGUCCUGCGCUGCGAGAGCUCCGUGCCCGGCGUCGCCUUCGAGCUGCUGCGCACCGGCGAGGAGGAGGCUGCGACGCGCGUCCGCGCCCACGGCACCUCCGCGGACCUCGUGCUUCCCUACGUGGGGCCGCAACACGCCGGCAACUACAGCUGCCGCUACCGCGUGUGGGGUUCCGGCGGCUUCGUGUCGGAGCUCAGCGACCCGGUGGAGCUCCUGGUGGCCGGACGGUGAUCCGGCUGUGGCCCUGGAAAGCGCUGGGAACACUGGCCUGGUUCCAUUCUUCCUGCUGCCGCCGCAGGCUGGGCUCUCCCUGGGGGCUGGAAGGCUGCCCUCCUGACUCUUGGGAAUUAAGAAAUAAAGCAAAGAGACUUGAA